AUGAUUGUGACCAACCUAACGUCCAACCCGUACUCCGUACUCCGUACCCUUCAACGUUUGCCUCCUGCCGGCCCUGAUUCCGUCGAGCCCUUCAGCAACUUCCCUCUUUUAUCUGACCCCUCCCAUCCAUUCCGCCCGCUUCUUCUCGUCCCUAACUUGCCUCACUACACCAACACCUUAUCCUUCCCGAUUCAGUUGAUUUCGCCAACCACAGACACCACCGUAGACAUCAGCUGCUCCCCAAAAUUCGACUACCUCGCCACGGGAUAUCCCUGGAUCUUGUAUCAGGGGCCUCCCGUCCCAAGGAUGAGUGAGUCCAUCCUUCUCCAUCUCGCUGGAUGCACUGUGGGAGACUUCGGCCGCCAUCCGACCGAUGUUAUCCAAGGGUCUCUCAUUGUACCCUCACCGUACCUGCGCAUCCCAUCCACGGCCGAUCAGACACCAUGGACGGAAGAGUCGAUAGUCGACCAGUGGCAACACAAUCCGCAUAACUGCGCCAUGGUCAUUGCUGGAUCUAGCAGCUUCCUAACUCUUUUGAACCAGCAGCUCGCAACAGACCGCGUUUCUGUCCCUACUGCCUUCAAGCCGCAUACCGUCCCCGUGGUCGCAGCGCAACCUCGAGCUGCUUUCAUGAUGACUGCUACUACGGUCUUCUGUACUUUCUUGAGAGCCCAGAAAGCUCCAUCCAACGGGUUCAUGGGGCCCAUGAGCCUGGCUGUGGGCGUCGACGACGUGGGGCCGCUUGCGCCAUCUCCGACUCCCCGACCGCCGGCCGCUGGCCCCAAGUCAAACAAAAGCCGACUACCUUACUGUCUGUCCGUCGCCUCCGUCCUGUUUGUGUACCCUUCGGCUUCGUCUCGAGCCAGUCCGUCUGCUCCUCGCACGAGUCUUGACGUCUGUCAGCUGCAUUGGCAGCCCAUAACCACUCGCUGCCCUGACCGUUCAAGCUUUCCCUUCAGUACUUUAGCGAGUAAUCUUCCUCGCUGGCGAGAGCUCAACUACCGUCUACGAGAGCUCGCUUCUAUGUCGCAAUUGUGUACACUACGCAGCAGCCCGCAAUGCGCUCCAUGGACUGCUGAGCCUGGCCUGGCCUGGCCUGGCUUUCCCUUAGGCUUUUCGCUCGGUAGUGCAAGCUUGCAACGUCAGGUUCUAUUCGGGUUGGGGGCGGUUCUCGAAGCAUCACGCGAGUGCAGGGGGAUCCCUCUGUGGGCAAGAAAUUGCGACAUUUCCGCCUUGCCUGCCAGUCUGCGCAGUCACCAGCCUGCGCAACAGCUCUCCGCCGCAGCUCUUAGAAGACAGCCCUGGCUGGUCUUCGCCUCGAAUCUCAUCUCGCUCUGUCUCUCGACGACGCGGGUGUUUCCCGUCAUAAGCGCACUUAGAAGGCACCUAGAGCCAAACCCACGUCUCUAUGACCACGCCCACGCCACACGGGCCAGCUUGCUAGGCUCCACGUGGGCCAUGGAGUCCGUGAUAGCUGCUGCGGGUGACGGCGAAAGGGGUGGAUCACAACCACUGCUUGCUGAGAGCAAACCUGCCAUUAAAGCAGCGACAGACAUGCAGCGUCGACCGUCACACGGCGGAUGGGGUUGGCCGUGCCAGGCUCUCGGCCUUAGGCCUGACAAGCGGUCUCUCGAUCGAAGCACGACGACUGGACGGACGAUUCUCUUGGAACCCUUCCCAUGCCUCCUUUCCCCCCUCCAUUUCCUGCCGCUAUCCUCUUGGACGAAGUCAAAAGUCACUUGGAUGGAGAAUGUGCGAAGCAAGAUAUUGGACAAGUCGCAAUGCUCUGUAAUCGUACAGAACGUCUCGGACACGAGGCCAACUUGA